CAUUAUUCGUCGUCGCUGCUGAUGCUGACGCAACGUUCCAAAUGAUAGAAUCAAUCAGAGAUUCAGAGGACGAGGAAUGUAGAAGUAAGACUGUAAGUGUGUGGUAAGAUGCUUCCAACCGUUUCCUCCUUUCGGCAAUGGCUGCAGCCGACAGGGGGGAUCGCAAAAUCUUCACCUGCCACAGGGUGUAAAGCGAUGCAGGAGGAGCACAAGCAUGCUCCACGGCGGCGUUGGUAUCUUUACCAAAUCCCUCUUUGUUUUUUUCUUCUCUUGGGUCUUAAAGGAGUCAGAGCAACACCAUGCAAGCCCCUGCACUGAAAACGAGUACAAGCCUACAAGGAAUCAUUAAGCAGAACGAUCCAAGAGCUCCCCCGUUAUUUAAUCGGCGGGGUUAGUGCAGCGCCGACGUGCAGUCGUGAGCUCGGAUCGCUCGCAGCAGGUGGUUCCGGAGCACGCGGCAGUGAGCUCGCACCGAUCGUGUCUGCGUCAUGGGCAUGGCCGACCCCCCCAAGCGCAUCGACCUCACAGCGCCGCUCAUCUCGGUCCGGCGCCACGGCGGCGAUGGCACCGGGCCCACGGGGUUGCCGGCGUACAGGGCGGACGCCACGUCGGGGCCCCUGGGCCUCACCGUGCCGUUCGGGUGGGAGCACCGCCCCGGCCACCCCAAGAGCGUCCGCACCCGCCGGGCGCCGCCCUUGACGACCGCCAACGCGCCCUCGCGGGAACCGGCGGCGGCGACCGCCGCGGCCUCCGAGCGCGCGCGGGACGACGAGCGGUUCUCGGACGCGCUCUCCCGAGACGACGUGAGCUGCGUCACCGUGAACUGCAGCGCGACCGGGCUCAGCGACGCCGCGUCCGCGGGGGCGGGGGCGCGGGCGCGGACAGCGCCCGGCGCCCGCGGCGGCGUCAUGAUGGAUCGCUUCCUGCCGGCCGCGCACGCCGUGGCAGCCAGCUCCCCGCAGAGCACCUUCCGGAAGGCCGGGUCCGCCCGGGACCGGGCCACGCGAUCGCCGGCGGUGCCAAGCAGCGAGCGCACGGGCGGCGGCGGCGGCAGGUCGCCGGCGCAAAGGCCGCUGCCGCUCCAGCACAUUGUGGCGUAUCGCCUGCCGCCGCUCCCUCCCGAAGGCAAGAACGAGAACGGCGGCGUCGACGACGACGACGCCGGGUCCGACGCGCACAGCACGGCGGGCUUCGCGCCCAGGAGGUGCGGGUUGCUCCCCGGCCGGUGCGUGAAGAGCGCCAGGCUGCUCUCCCGCGGAGCGCGGCGAGUGGCAGGCAGGCCGUUCCUGUCCACCGGCGGCGGAAGCCGGAGCGCGACGGAUCCGCUGCUGCGGCGAUCGCGGAACGGGCAGCAGCAAACUGGAGACGAUCCCGGCAUGCAAUCGUUGGAGGAGGUGUACAUCAAAUCGCUGCUCCGAUCAGCCGGCGGCCGCGGCGGCGGUGGCCUGAUGGGACCGGGCGCCGCCGUGGCGUCGGAGCUGGACAGGACGGUGCGGGAGCUCUACAGGCACCGAGGAGAACAGGCCGUCAAGCCGAAGGCGAGCCAUCUGGGUCUGCUCCUGGUCCUCGACAGGUCACACGAAGGUUGCGGCCGCGGGUACCACGGCUCGUCGGCGCGGAAGCUCUCUAGAACCGGCGACGCCGCGCCGCUGCUGCCGGCAACUGCCAAAAGCUCGCCGAGCGCCGGGAAUAAGCUCGGGCGCGGCGUCGGCAAGUACGGCUUCCCGCUGCUCCUAGAAGACGCGUCGGCCGUCGCCGGGCGCGAGAUGGCGCUGUCGCCGCAGCCCCUGCUCUCGCUGCCGCUGCCCAUGUCGCCCUCGGAGUCGUGGCUGUCGCUCGCGCUGCCUUCCGUGUCAACGCGGCGGCCCCCGGCGGCGUCGUUCCUGGGCCUCCAUGUGCAGUCCAAGAAACAUGCUCCGCUGCCGUGGUGCUCCAUUGAUUCGGGCAAGGGCGUCGACCAUGACGGGCAAUGGCAGAGGCGUGCACGAUCUACAGAAAUGAUGGAACCUACCCUGGCAUUAUGUUGUGCGUCGAUGCGUCGACUUUGCGUGAUGGCGCCAACCGUCAACUAGCUGCUGCUGCCUGCUGGUGCUCAUCUGGGAAAUGCUGUAGCGAUGGCUUCUAGUUCUUAGUGAUCUCCAAUUUCGUAUAGUACUAGAAAUGGUCGCGGCGUUGCCGCGUAUGACCAGUGUGUGGACUAUAUUUUGCACAUAUGUUUGUAGUUGAUGUGAAUUUUAAUUCGUGCAUAUAAUAUUUAUUGUUUCAGAUUUUUAGACUGCUCUCAUCAUUUGUAAUCUUUUAUGUUUACUGAUUGCAUGAUUUCUGAUAGGG